AUGAGCGAGCCAGACGGCCUGGACGGAACACAUACGACAGAUAAGGAAUUGAACGAGACAUUGAAUGAUGCGGUGGUGGAGGCAGUGACAUCAGGUACCAAGAAAUUCGCAACAAAAGAAGCAAACUUGAGUACUGGACGAUCGCAAUACACUCUUGCACAGUGCACGCCGGAUCUGUCCCCACAAUUCUGUGGUGAGUGUCUACGUGGCCUUAUAGAAGAUAUUCUGAAGCAGGGGGACUACGACAGUGGUGGAUAUCAGAAUCCGAGCUGCCAUUUGCAAGUCUCAAGAUUCCGAUUUUAUUAUAAGGGCAAUCAGCCUCCCUACGAUGGUUCUACCUUUCAAGGGCUUGGAAGUCCUACUUUUGCAUACUUGAACUGCUCGACCACCGAAAAUUUUACUGCCAGCGAUCCCCACCUAAACAACCUCAAAAGUCUCACUCUCGAGCUCUUCAUGUCAUCCAACGACACCAAAAGCAAUGGAUUCCACAGCACCACAGUCGGAAACAAUUCCGACACUACCGUCUACGGCCUCUUCAUGUGUCGGGGUGACGUGCCCCUUGGGCUCUGUCAUGAAUGCGUCAGUAACGGAACUGAGGAACUGAACUCUUCUUGCUCCUCUUCGAAGGAGGCUAUCAUUUGCUGCUACAUUGAGUGGUCUAGUGAAGGCGAUAUCAAACUCACCGCCCGUAGGAGUGAAGAAUUUUGCGACAAAAAAAGAAGUCAUCACUUCAGAGCUUACAACGUUGUAUACUCUUGCACAAUGUACUCCAAACCUGUCUAG